AUGGAAAAAGAUUCUCAACUCUAUGAACUAUUUUUAACGAUAAAAUGGGCAAUCAAUGUGUAUAUCUUAUGGUUGUAUCACAGUAUAUUAAUUAUGAUGAAAGUUCCAUCUCGAAAAACGCAAAUAGAUGUUGAAUAUCUUACUCAAUCAAUUCGAGAAUGUCCACAAGGUAGUCAAAUAAAAAUUCAACGACAUGAACGUAAUUCUCCGUCUAAUUCAAUACGUUCUUCAUCAUCAUCGUCAAAAACAAACAAAAAUACAUCAAUACAUUUCCUACAUAUUGGAAUAGCAAAUCAAAUUCUAUCUAUUGAUAAAUCAUCGCGAACUGUAACAUGUGAACCUGAUGUAACAAUGGAAGAAUUAGUAGAUGCAUUAAUGUCAUAUGAUCUUGUACCAACUGUUGUUCCAGAAUUUAAAUCUUUAACUAUUGGAGGAAUAUUAGCUGGAGCCGGUCUCGAAAGUUCUAGUUCUCAUUAUGGACAAUUUGCUGAUUCAUUAAUUGAAGCAACAUAUAUUUUAAGUAAUGGUCAAAUUAUAACUUGUAGUCCAACAAAAGAUUCGGAUCUAUUUUAUGGUGCAUUAGGUUCAUGUGGAACCUUUGGAUUAUUAAUUCGUGCUACAUUACGUGUAUCAGAUAUUCCAUCGGAUUGUUUUGUUCGAUGUAACUAUCAUUAUACGAAUCAACCUAUUGAAAGUAUCUUAUCAUUUGAUAAUAAUGAAGAUUAUAUAGAUGCAAUUGUUUUUUCGAAUUACACUGUUAUGAUUACAGGACAAAGAAUUGAUAAAUUAUCUAUACCAAAAACUGGACGAAUACAAAGAUUUUCUCAACCUUGGAGUCCUUGGUAUUAUCAACAUGUAAAAAAAAUUUGUAAUAAAACUAUUUUAUGUGAAUAUAUUCCAUUGAAAGAUUAUUUAUUUCGAUAUGAUCGUGGAGCAUUUUGGAUGGGUCGUUAUCCUAUUAAUCCAUUGCAAGAUAAAAUUCAACAUUUACCAUUAUUAAUUCGAAAUUUUUUAAAUCUUUUUCCAUUUGGUGGAUAUAAUAUUAUUAGUCGAACUAUUCUUUCACCACUUUUUACAACAUCAUCACUCUAUCGACGUCUUCAUAGUUCUUCAACUUCAAUGAUUACUGAUACAUUACUUAUUCAAGAUAUUUAUAUUCCAAUAUCGAAAUCAAAACAAUUCUUAUCUUUUCUACAAUCAGGACAAAUGUUUAUGAAAGAUGAUGAAAUAUUAGAACCUAUUUGGCUUUGUCCGAUUCGUUCAAAUUCAAUGCCACAAAAAAUGAGUCCACAUUAUUUAGAAAGUGAUCAAGAUCAUUUAUUUAUUAAUUUCGGUCUAUGGACUCAUCAACAUAGUUGGCAACCGGGAUCAUCGAGUGGUAAAAAUGCAACGAAAAUAUUAGAAAAAGAAGCGAAAAGAUUAGGAGGAAGAAAAAUGUUAUAUUCACUUAGUUUUUAUUCAAAAGAAGAAUGGUCUACAAUUUAUGAUAUGCAAUGGUACAGACAAAUGAAAAAUAAAUGGGAUCCAGAUUAUAUUUGGCAAGAUUUAUACGAUAAAGUCGUUCAAAAAUCGAUAUAA